AAAACACACCUUACACGCCUGAAUCACUUCUGAUUGCGUCGAUUACUUAGCACAUACAGAGAACAACACCAACACAGAGAGCAACACCGUCAGAAGCUCUGGCAACAGAUAGCAAGGAAUUUGUAUGCUGCUACUGAUCCUACCACGCCAUGGAAAAUAGCUUUCGAUCAACAGGAGUGCCCCCUGGCCUGGAGUACCUAACACAGAUCGAUCAAAUCUUGAUCCAUCAGAAAAUGGAACUGCUGGAGGCCAUCACUUCCUUUGAGACUAAAAACCGGUACGUAAUCAAGAACAGUUUGGGACAGGAAAUCUACACGGCCAAGGAGGAUAGUGACUGCUGCACCCGGAACUGCUGCGGUCCCAACCGCAUGUUUGAGAUGAAGAUCAAAGACCACAGUGGCCAGGAGGUCAUGCACCUGGUCAAGCCCUUCCGCUGCACCUCCUGCUUCUGGCCCUGCUGCCUGCAAGAGAUGGAGGUCCAAUCCCCUCCUAGCACCACCAUAGGUUAUGUGGUUCAGAACUGGCAUCCCUUCAAGCCAAAACUGUCCAUCCUAGGAGCUGCCAAAGAGACUCUCCUGACGAUUGAAGGUCCUUUCUGUGCCUGUAGCUGCUGUGGAGAUGUUGAUUUUGAGGUGAUGGGUAAGGACAGUGACCAGCCCAUUGGGAGAAUAAGUAAGCAGUGGAGUGGGCUGAUAAAGGAGGCCUUCACUGACUCAGACAACUUUGGGAUCCAGUUCCCCAUGGACCUGGAUGUCAAGAUGAAGGCUGUGCUGAUGGGGGCCUGCAUCCUUAUUGAUUUCAUGUUCUUUGAAAGGAGUGGUGACAGUGAUCAACGGUGUUCUGUAUUUGGAUAAGAGAUUGAGUUUUUGAUCAUGUACAAAUUACAUGAUACUAUAGUUGAUAAUGACAUGGCUAUUGGAUGCAUAUGAAUCACAUAACAUGACAUUUAAGACAAAACAAAUAUGUGUUCUUUAUUAAUUCAAUAUAUUCAUCUGUAUUUUGGAUGUCUGAAUACAAUAUUCAAACAUUUGUAA